AUGGUGCGGUCUACGCUCACUGCCGCUGCGGAAGAGCGGCAGAGAAAGCUCCAGGAGUAUCUAGCAGCCAAGGGAAAACUGAAGUGCCAAAACAGCAAGCCUUAUCUAAAAGCCAGGAAUAAUUGCCCAAAUCUUCCGCCUUCCAAAUCUAUUAUUGGACCCAAAAAAGAUGUCGCUUUGCCUGUCAAAGCUACAAGACCCAUCAGCAUUAAACUUCAGCCCAGACCUGCCAAUAUCCCAGGGUCCCAGAAGCCAAAGUUGGAGCCACCAAAACUUCUGGACAAAAGGCCGACUUCAGUAUAUGUUUCUUCUAACCCAAACUGUAAGCCUUCCAGCAAUCAGCAACAGCACAAAGCUGGAUCAUCCCCUGGAGAGCUGUCAAGGAAGACUGUGGGGUCACUUAGUAUACAGGAACUGAAAGCUGCAAGGCAGCAGGUGACGGAUCGAAGAAAUGAUGUACAUACAGACUCUGUGGACAAUGUCUGUGGUGAGGGUGAGCCCUUACACAACUUUCUAAAACAGGUAAACAAAGAGAACUUGCCCCAAACCUUACUGGACUCUGAGAGGAUGCCACAUCCUCAGUUAUGGGCCAAAAGUAAAACAAAAACUAGCCGUUUUAAUCAAACCAAAAGCAGUUUGGCCCCUAAGCAAGCUUUGGGUAAAAGUUCAUUGAAUCAUGCUGUUCUAAAAGACAGAACUAAUAAACGGUUUGUUGGGGGAACACAAACCAGGAUUCUACCAGUAAAGUCACAGCAGCUCCCUAAAGGAACAGCUCUCGCAAAACCAGGAGAAAAGCGCCCAAAGACAGUUCACUCUCACUUUGUUCAGACCCUUAAUAGAAAUCAAGCAUCAGAGAAACCAGGGGUCAAAGACAUGAAGGAUAUAAAGGUUAAUAAUGGUAAAUAUGAAAGGCCACAUGGAGCUAAGUUACAGUCACAUGCUGUUACUAAACAAAAAGUAGAAUAUACCAGACCCAGGACAUGCCCCAGUCUACUUCAGGGAGGACUUAACCACAGACGUCCCAACGUUAAGCAAGACCAGAAAUCCACUCAACCUUGUUCUAGACCCCAGAUGUCAUGUAUGCAGCAGAAAUCCAAAACUGUGAGCCAAAGGCCUAACGUGGCAGUUGGCAGCUUUACUUCAGUCAUUCCCAGCACCCCAAGCAUAAGAGCAAGUAGAGCCAAGGGGAAUAAACACAGCAGCAGCUGUCAACAGAAAGCACAGACUCUAGACUCCAAGCUGAAAGGAACUCUUCCCCAGAAUCAUUUUCUAAACAAGACAGCUCCCAAAACUCAAGCUGGUGGCACAGCCAUAAAUGGAAGAGGAGCCCUAAAUAGAACCCAGACUAACCCAGAUGUUAAGAAGAAGAUCACAGCAGAGGAUCGAAGAAAACAGCUGGAAGAAUGGCAGAAAUCUAAGGGGAAAAUGUAUAAACGACCUCCGAUGGAACUUAAAACAAAAAGUAAAAUAAUAGAGGAAAUGAAUAUUUCAUUCUGGAAAAGCAUGGAAAAAGAAGAGGAAGAAAGGAAAGCACAACUUGAACUGUCCAAUAAAAUUAACAGCACUCUGACUGAGUGUCUACAGCUCAUCGAAGGGGGUGUGCUUUCUAAUGAAGUAUUUACCGUAUUGUCUAGUAUUCCUGAGGCUGAAAAAUUUGCUAAAUUCUGGAUCUGCAAAGCAAAGUUCUUGGCAAGUAAAGGCACAUUUGAUGUUAUCGGACUGUACGAAGAGGCCAUUAGAAAUGGGGCUACACCAAUACAAGAAUUACGAGAAGUUGUUCUUAACAUUUUGCAAGACCCAAACAGAGCUCAAGACGGAAUUACCUCUGAGUCUUUGGUCGCUGAAACUAAUUUAACAUCCACAGAAGAGCUGGCCAGGGACAUGAAAUCGGGAAGAAAGUCUUGUCUUUCUCCAAGAAACAGAGAACAGUUUCCAGCAACACCCCACAUAACCAAAGCAGAACAGGAUCAUCACCCUGGUAUCAAACUACAGGUCGCUCCCAUCCCAAGAAUAAGUGGAAUGGCAGAAGUGCAGGACAUGAAGCUGAUCACUCCGGUACGGCGGUCGGCGAGGAUCGAGCGGGCAGUCUCCCGCUACCCGGAAAUGCUGCAGGACCACGAUUUAGUGGUGUCUUCUCUUAAUGAGCUGUUAGAAGUGGAAGAAACAGAGUGUUUUGUAUUCCGUAAAAAUGAGGCUUUGCCUAUAACAUUGGGGUAUCAGAUCCUUGAAUCAUAA